AUGCUUAUCGUACUCCCACUUGGGCAAUUACAACUUACCACUCGACACUCUACACUCCAGUAUCUCAUCUCAGUCACGUAUUGUCACACGCAGUCUAACAUCCAUAUGGGUAGACCAAAGCACCCUGUCUGUGGCCCCCCACCCAUCAACCGACCACCCUCCAAAGGCAAAACAUUUACCAGCAAGAUGAAGGGCAGCGAUGCGAGAGACCCAAGGGGUGACAACCCGAGCACACAUGAUGCAUUGCCCGGCAGCUCCAUAGGCGGCUGCGCCAGAGACCUCAACGCAAGGACCCUCUAUGUGGGAGGCAUUGACGUGUUAGUCGGCCAUGCCAGAGACCACAACGCGACAGGCAGCAAUGCGACAGGCAGCAACUCGGUGCACGAGCAUGUAGCAGGAUGCGGCAAUGCAACAGUUGGCCAUGCGUUGGGUGGGAACUCUGCGAGCAAGCACAUAGCAGGAGGUGGCAACACAUUGGGCAGGAUUGCAUCAGGCAGCGACACAUCGGGCAGGAACUCAGGGGGCGGGCACAUAGCAGGAAGGAUGGCCAUGGUGGUCAAGGGAAUGGUCAGCGUCCGGAAGACGAUGGCCGCCAACUGCAGAUACUGUGUCAUCCUCCGACGCUUGGAUAGUCUUGUCGCAUGGCACGCCGCAUUCAAGCACACCAGGGCUGUUGAGCCUCCUCACAUGCAAGGUGGUGACUCGAGGGCAGGCAGAACCAGGCCCACGAACCUGUCAGGCCGGUGGGACGAGGACCCCACAGGAGGCAAGGCGACGGCCACAACCAUUUCAUACAAGGGGGACAGGGGCUUAAAGGCAGGCAACGCGAUGGCUGUGAACAUGUCAAGCAGAAGGGGCAGAUACUCCAUAGCAGGCAACGUGAUUUACGCAUCCGAGGCAGACAGGUGGGGCCGUGACUCUGAUGGGGUAGAUAACACGUACGCAUUUGCAUCAAGCAGGGACGCGAGAGACAGACACAUGCUGGUGCAAGAUGUGACUAUCGAGGAGUGGAGUCUCCGAGUUAGUUCCCUCCGCCCCUGCUUCUACAUGAGGGGGGAGUGA